AUGCUGACUAACAACUCAAAGACGCGCCACCAUGAGGAAGAACUGUUCAGGCGGCUCCGACCAACAGCUGCAGAGGGCGGCGUCUGGGAAGACAAAACCCAAGAGACCAAGAGAUUCUGCAGCAGCUCCAGAACUAUCACCACAUUCGCUACCAAGGACGAGAAAAAAGAAGAUCCCUCUAUCUUGCUCAUCUCUGCUUCUUCUCAUCCUGCGUCAUUGCAUAUCCUCAAGCCCAAAAGCCACGAAUCCAGCAUCAUCAACAUCUCCAACCCCUACCCAAAGACUCAACUCACCAUGUGGUACGCACGAAACGAACCACCAGCAAAUCCAACAUCAAGCAAACCAGCUAACGAAAACCCUCCCAGCAAACACAUUCUCAACGCCCAAGUCGCCAUCCGCUCACCAUGCUGCCGGAAAUGGUUCGACUGCGCCGAAUGCCACUCCGAACAAGAAACCCACCCCCUCAAACAAAGCAUGGAAAUGACUUUUGCCUGCAAAAAGUGCAAAAAGGUCUUCCGCAAGGACGCCGAGGAAUUCGACGAGAGCGACGAGUACUGCCCGCACUGCGACAACCACUACGUCCUCGAGGCAAAGACCCCCAAGGCCGCCCUCACCAUCGAGGGCGACGACGUCCGCAUGGACAACAGGCUGCUCAAGGACGAGAGGGUCCGGCAGGGGGGCCGGAGGACCAUCUUCGACCCGACCCCAGAGGCUGACAAGCUCGGCUAA